AUAUUUUGAAGAUUUGCUCAGUGGUGAGUUUUUUUGGAGUCGAGUGUGUGCAAUGAUAGCUCCUCCGGUGAGGUCUUUGGCAUUGUUUGGACGUCACGGGAAGGAUCCAGAGGGCGGAUUUCUGCUCAUCCGAGAGUCCUUAGAAAGACCAUUCUCCUCUCAAUACAGUAUUGGCCUACCUGUUGCUCCCCUCCAUGAAAUCAGGUCACCCACUCAUCUUUGAGAUCCGAGUUCAUAUUUAAUAGUGCACCAGAUCUAACAGUUCUUUCUGACAAAUCAAAGUCGCUAUAGUGGUUACCUUUGUCAGUCGAUCUUGCUUCGAUUCAUCCUCCUCCCCACUUCCUCUCGAUAUACGAUUGCGUAGGUCGGUCUAAAGUAAAGGCCCGAUAAUUCCAAUUAUUUGUUUCUUCUGCGUAUGCGAGCUUCAGUCAUGGACCACGUGUAUAUGUUCUGCGCUGAUAUCUCCUUACUGGCUGGCAACCUCAACAUCAAUAUCUCUUGUGACUCCCACUUGGCAUCGCUCCGUCGAUAGCCAUAGCAUCAUCCAAGCAGCUGAUUUCUAGCAUCAGGAGCAUAGGAGGCUGACAACAGGAAUAUUUCAAUAGCUCCUGUACGCUUGGGUGUUACUUGCCAGCUUUGGCUUGCAGAAUUCUACUAUCUUGUCGGUGAUUUGUACAGAGAUGUUCGACAGUGUUCAGCAGUCUGCCAUGAAAUCAUGGAUUUAAUGUGGAUGGUGAUUGCAUGUACCAAGUUCUGUUGGGCAACAUUUAUCACAUAGGAUUUUGCCAGACUUGAAUAGAACUAUGGGAUAUACUAAAUUUUAAUGGAAUAUACUGAAUCUGAUACUAGCCUGAUGGAUUAUACUGGACUUCUACAAUCUUCUUGAUAUUCAAUGUACAUGUUGAAUCUAAUGGAUUACACAUAGGCAUGGAGAGAUACCAGCGGCAGUUUAAAUAUCUGGAGGGGAGCGAUGAGACAUCAUCGGUCGACAGCCAGCCGUGCGACAGCACUUCGCUCGACCAAUUCCCGACACGCCAGGAGCGUAAGAAACACGUCAAACACCAGAAAUCGUACACGGAAUGGGAGAUCAUGGAGGGGUUGAAAGACGGCCAGAAGUGUGAGGCCAAGCCGCUGAGGCAUGAUGGGUAUAUGUUGAAACGGCGGAAAUGGCCAAUGAAAGGUUGGCACAAGAGGUACUUUGUGCUGGAAUCCGGUGUCCUGACAUAUGCAAAGUCGCCCAGUGAUAUUCUAAAGGGUCGUCUUCAUGGCUCCAUAGACAUUGGUCUGUCCGUCAUUGCAUUUAAAAAAGCUGGUCGGCGGAUAGACAUUGAUGCAGAGGAGCUUAUUUAUCAUAUCAAGGUGAAGAACACUGCGCUAUUCGAAGAAUGGGUGCAGAAGUUAAAACAUCACCGAUUGUAUCGUCAGCAUGAGAUUGCGUUUGGAACAAAAGAUGCGCCGAAACUGACCGAUAUCCAGUCGCCGGUCGAUGACCAAUUGCCACCAUUUCCACCAGUUCCCGAGACUGUGCGUGGGGAGCUUGCCAGGACAUUCAGCCUCACAAGGGAUACGCGUAGCACGAGCUUUAAGACGAUGCGUAGCGGCAGUUUCGUGGGGACCGGCACCGGUGGCCGCGUGACAGCAUGGCUGCUGGAUUCUGCUGGUAUUCAGCGCUGCAAUAAAGAUUUGUCGUCAGCCCAGACGAAAAUAUUUGAAUUAACUCAGCUCUAUGAGCAACUUCAGAGCUUCCCUCCAACCACAGUCAAUAGUGACCAAUCGUCAGAGCUAAGCGAUAAUAGUUCACCCAGGAAAGACAGCAAGGACCGCGGAGCACGUAAGAUUUCAUCAUUCAAGAAAGGUAUCAAAAGAGAUAAAAAAACAAGUCAGAUCGAUCCACAUACACGCAUAUCAAAAAAAGAUCGCAAGGCACAACGUCAGCAUCGGAAACAUCAUAGUUUCCAUUUGCAUCGGGUUUCAUUGCCAGCCUCGUUCCCAGACAACAGCGUGCUACAUAUCAGUUCUUCAACCUCAAAUCUGUUGAGUUAUGAUGCGGACGCAAAGAAUCGGCCGGCAAGCAUGUCGGACUACACUUCCUUGCUGAAUCGCUCAUCUCAAGACUUACGGAGUCAGGAAAAUGGCUUCAGGGAGGAGUUUUUGUCGGUCGCAAAAGAUGUCCAAGAAACACUGAAGUCCCUAGUUCGCACCCUGAGUACCGAGCGAGAAAGAUUAAAGGGACUAUUAGAGCAGGAAUCCAUGCCAAACUUUCAGGGAAAUGCAGCCUACGUUUACAGCCUUAAGACUGCUCUCAGUGAUACACUCAAACAGAACCAAGAACUCCGUUCCCGACUGAACAAGAUCCAUUCAGAUUCAAAUAUCUCCGACAUCCCCCCACCACCGUCACCACCAGGCACGAUGCCAUCAGAUAUGGACAUGCCCCACCCACUACUCCGGCACUCCUUCUCAGCUGAAAGCACAUCAAUGUCCGAGUUCUUCGAUGCUGCUGAAUCGCUACAAUCGAUCGAGUCGAUGGAGUCAAGUCCAUCUACGUCAGAUGAGGAGAAUACUGAUGAUGAGAUAUCUGAAGAAUCAGAAGACUUUGACACGGAGUACACUCCUGUCCAAUUGGAGAAUGACUUCCUGGGCGGAAUGAACUCGACCGGCCGCCGUGCUCAACUCCCCGCCCCAAAACCGGACAUUGGCGACUUCAGCCUAUGGAGUUUAUUGCGUAAAAAUAUCGGGAAGGAUCUCUCCAAAAUCAGCAUGCCUGUCACACUGAAUGAGCCAAUCAACAUGCUGCAGAAAGUGUGUGAAGAGCUCGAAUAUAGCGAGUUGUUGGACAAAGCUGCUGAGUGCAACGACCCAUUUGAGCGAAUGGUCCAGGUGGCAGCAUUCUCAGUGAGUGGGUACGCGGCAUCUUUCACGAGAGCCGGACAGAAGCCGUUCAACCCGGUUCUCGGAGAGACGUACGAAAACAUUCGAGAGGACAAAGGUUGGAGGUUCAUCUCCGAACAAGUCAGUCACCAUCCGCCAAUAUCAGCCUGCCACUGUGAUUCCAAGAACUUUGUCUUCUGGCAAGACAUGAGAAUUAAAAACAAGUUCUGGGGCAAGUCUAUGGAGAUUCAGCCCAUCGGCACUGUUCAUCUAGUAUUACCUAAGUUUAAGGAUCAUUAUACGUGGAACAAAAUCACCACCUGUGUUCAUAACAUCUUCAGCAAUCAACGCUAUGUGGACUGCUAUGGUGAGACUGUGAUACGCAACGGGGACAUAAUAUGCAAGCUCACCUUCAACAAGGCAAGCUACUGGUCGUCCAAGAGACAUGAAGUGCAUGGUGUAAUCAUGAAUGGUGAGGGUAAAGUGGUGCAUCACCUGUUUGGAAAGUGGACAGAGGGAAUCUACUGUGGACAGGCCUCGUCUGCCAAGUGUAUAUGGAGACCAGGAUCGUUACCAGAAGACCAUGAUCUCUUCUACGGGUUCACACGGUUUGCCAUCGAGCUGAAUGAACUUGAUCGGGACCAUGCUCACAUGCUGCCACCCACAGACACAAGGUUUAGACCGGAUCAGAGGUUACUUGAAGAGGGCAAAGUGCAAGAAGCGGAGGCCGACAAGCUGAGAGUCGAGCAGUUGCAGCGGGAGAAUAGGAAACGACGGGAGGAAGAGAAAAUAGAUAUCGAACCCAGGUGGUUCAGGAGGGCUCAAAAGGGUGGCCGAGACGAAUACGAAUAUAAAGGAAGCUAUUGGGAACAUCGGAAGAAUCCCGCCUUUGCUAAAAUGGUCUUUCCAAAACUUUGGUGAUCUUAGGAGAAUUUAGACUCAAUCGGAUUGUUGUUGGGUUCGCCCUCUUUUGCAUUUUCUGUGAUUUAUAAAUGGAUAUUCACUACCUUUCACACCUCAAGAGGUGGACAAUGGACUGACACGUUCUGCAAAUUUAAUGAGUUAGGAACGCUUAGGGGUGUUUUUGUAAAUGGUGCAGAUUGGAUUUCUCUACCGCCUGUGGUUUGGAGCUUUUGGACCUGAGCAACUUACUGUAAACCAACACUAAGACUGGGCCAGAUUGACAAGAGACUGAAAUUUCUUUGCUGCAAAAGUCAAUGCAUACUUGUAUCAAAGUUUGUAUUUCAAAUGGUAACCUCAAAGAUGAACAACUCACUGAAUUUCUUCUGUACAGUAAAGAGGAAAUACGAAUGUUCACGUCACCCAAGACAAAGUUGGCUAGCAGCCUGUUUACUAUUAAGUUUCUGACGUUAAUUGAUCAGCUAUCCAAAAAAACAAAUAAAACGCACUUCAUAUUGUACAGCCAUAUUCAUAAGUUUUAUGAUCGUCAUAAAUGACAUAAAAUCUUUGCAUUGUGCUCUCUGUGGUGUUAACUGCCGGACAGUUUUGAGUGUUUAGUAGGACAGUGUAAUACAUAUGAUGACAUUACUCGUUCCUUUUCAACUCGCCCUCUAUUGCAAGGAGUUGGUGAUAUGUUGAGACACCGCUUUACAUGUAUACGCAGUUCAUCCAAUGUGCUUUUGACUCAUCUUGAUAACAUGAGGAAGCUGUGGAACUUAGCUUGUAUGACUUUGAUAGGUUUUACAGUACUGUAUAACUUCUCUAUUACGGACACCCAUGGGAAUGACGAAUGUUGUCCUUGAUAGAGAGGUGUCCUGAUUAAAGAGGUCAGCUUGAAUGGCAAUGGAUUGUUCCAGACCAAAGUCAGUGUCCUGAACAGAUAGGAUGUCCUUCUAACAGAGAUGUUGGCUUAGGGAAUUUCCACUGUAGGUAGGGCUGAUUGACUUAAAGAAACAAUGGGUGAUAUGAAUAAAGACCAGCAAAUGCUUUUAUCUAAAACUCCAUGUACAUUUACACUAGGCAUUUCUGUACAAAAUUGAAGUAAAAGCAUUUGCUAGUCUUUAUUCAUAUCACCCAAUAGCUGGUCUUCUAGAUAUGCUGAUGAGACUCAAAGAUGUUAGAAUCAGGUGACAUUUUUGUUGCGUAUAUAGUUAGUGGCGUAGUUGUUGGAGCCCAGGGCUCAUAUUCAGGAGGUUGUGGGCUCUUUUCCGACUGUUUUUUCUUUGUAUCCUUAAGCAAGACACUUUGAAAAUCUACCUGAAAAAGGGAUAUCAUGAAAUAUUGAUUACUGCCUGUAUGUUUGAUUUCCCUUGUUAUUCCCAGGUGUGAUUAUUGUUAGGUCCCAUUAAUGCUUCUCUACCUGUUUCUACUAACUUAUC